UAUAGCAGGUGAUCGCCCUUAUUUGGUAGUGGCCCAGAUCAUGUGACCACAAAAUGGUGGAAGCUGUGAGCUGUUUGUAAGCUGAGCAUCUCUACCGAGAGGCUGGAAGCAGGAAGCAGGCAGGGAACUUGGAAGUACAUUCAUGCUCUGAGACGCAGGAGGACAGAGAUUCCUGAGCCCCAGAAGCGGCCCUCCUGGGGAUGGACCUGGCAUCAGAGAGUAAAAUGAACUCUGAGGGAAGUGAUGGCAGACCAGUCCCCCCUACCUCUCUACCCCUGCAAGGAGGACCCUCACAAAGAAAAAAGCUAUCUGCGCCUCGUAUCAGCCUGUCAUUGGACCAGAGCGAAGAUGACUUCGGGGAGACGCCAGAUGAUCUAGACAUUAAUGUCGACGACCUCGACACUCCAGAUGAGGGGGAUUACCUCGACUACACAGACCAUGAAAUGGACUGGGAAGACCCCAAUGCUGCCAAUAGGAGUGGUACCAGUGAAGUCUACAAUACAAUCCCAACAUACAGCGCUGAGGAAGAGCGCCAGGAUGGAAAACUGUGGAGGACUGUCAUCAUCGGGGAGCAGGAGCACCGCAUCAACAUGAAGCUCAUUGAGCCCUACAUGAAAGUCAUCUCUCAUGGAGGCUACUAUGGCAACGGAGUGAACGCCAUCAUAGUGUUUGCUGCCUGUUUUCUGCCAGACAGCGACCGAGAGGACUACCAUGAAAUAAUGGAGAACCUCUUCCUUUAUGUGAUCAGCACACUGGAGCUGAUGGUGGCAGAGGACUACAUGAUUGUAUACCUGAAUGGAGCCACACCCCACAGAAGAAUGCCUGGACUUGGGUGGCUAAAGAAGUGCUAUCAGAUGAUUGACAGAAGGCUCAGGAAGAACUUGAAAUCCUUCAUUAUCCUCCAUCCGUCAUGGUUUAUCAGGACCAUUCUAGCCAUCACCAAGCCAUUCAUCAGCGCCAAGUUCAGCAGCAAGAUAAAGUAUGUAAACAGUCUGGACGAGCUGCAGGAACACAUCCCAAUGGAUUGCAUCCAGAUCCCAGAGUGCAUCAUUAGACUCGACAAGCAGCUGAAGGAAGCAGCAGAGAACUCGAGAGUGAACAGUUUUCUGCAGGGAUCUGAGCCAACAGCAGCAAGCAGAACAGAACCAGACGCAGCUGGUGCCAGCGGCUCUUAAAUCCAAACAUCCUGAAUGGAUGGGUCACCUCAAUGUUAAGAAGUCACUGUUGUACUGAACGGGCGAGUCUGGAAAAUAGAGGCUUGUGUAGCUACUCUGUGUGUGUGCGUGUCAGUGUUUUGUCAAUUACACACUGGAGUGUAAUAUGAAAAUACAACUUAAAAUAGUACCUGUUCACGAUAAGAUCUCAUUCUUUAUGGCUGCUGUAGCAUCUGCUGUACCUUACACCUGCAAUCCUGAUAGAGUCUAGUGUGAUUUUUCUGGGCGCAUCAGCAGAAUUGCGCCAUCGUUCACUUUAGGGUAGGAACUUCAAUUACACACUAGACAGCGCACUGCGCAAAUCCAUUUUGUAGAGUCUAUAGUGUUGUAGUUGUGUGCAUGAGAAGCAGUGAAGCAAUAAUAUCACCCUUUACUGGUUACACGGUCUCAGUAUUUCUGAUAAAGAGACGACUUCUGUGUCAGCAAUCUACAUUAAAAGUGCAGGGUGCCUUGUGCCAUAGGAAAUGAUCAGCUGGCUUUUGACCAAUCCCCGAUUCCCCAAACUGGGAAAUUUACCUAAAAACAGAUAUUUUAUCUUUAUAGAGUCAAUCUUAAACUAAGAAGGAAUAUCUUAAAUAUUAUAUCAAGCUGUCAGGGCCAUGUGGCAGCAUGUCUUUUUAGCUGUGUUAUGAAAAUGUGUGAGUGUGUGUGUGUGUCCGUCUAUACACGUUGAGACUCAUCUUCAGUUUCUGCUGGUCAACCAGGAAGAAACCUGAAACCAGAACUGUGAUGAGAUCUCUGAUAAGCACAUCUUAUCUGUGUGUGUGUCCACACGCAUGUGUGUGUAUAUUUGUGCAUCAGUGCAUGUCCCUCUCAUUAGAUAAUUGAUGGUCCUCUUACACAUGGGUCUUUAAGCUGUACCGAGGAGAUGCAAAGAAAUUAUGGGUC